AAAAGCUUUUUUUUUCAAUUUCGUAGACGUAUAAUUUUUAAAAUUUCAAUAGGUUUGUUAUGUAAAACGAAAUUCAUUUGAUAGUAACAUUAGAAUAAGUCUAAAAAUCUGAGCCGGGUUAAAAAUAGGUUUGUUACAUAUGUGUUGUCCGAUCCAUGCAAACGUAUAAUCGGCAUUUUAUACUCCUGAACAAUUAUUAGUGUUGUUGAAAUUAAAAUCUUACUUGCUCUUGUUUCGAUUACUAUAAUCGCCACCUGUUUCGUUACAAGUUUUUUUGAUAUCAUAUGUUGUGCAAAGAGGAAUAAUAGCCGUCGACCAGUUGAGAAAAAUUGCGACGCAUUACUAUUUUCAAUAAAUUACAAUAGAAUUUUUAAUAAAAGUGUGUUUCAUCAUGACAAGAUACAAGGAACCGAAACGACUUGAAAGUCUGGCGUUGACGAAGCUCGGCCAUUGGAUAGCAAAUCAAGCUGAAAUUCAUAUGAAUCCAAUCGCCUUACUUGCUCAACAAAACCCAAACAAAGCUCAAGCAACAUUAAAUCAGCAUAUAGAGAACAUCCGCCGUCACUUAAGUUUUUUUGUUCCAUGGAUGCUUCAUGACAAAUUAGUAAAUGAAGCUAUUAAAGCCCUUUCUGAACUUUCUGAAAAGAUGAAACAUUCUUUGGGGUUUCGGGGAUCAAUGGGUAGAUUCGUGAGUCAAAUGAAUGUAAUAAUAAAAAUGACUGAGGUACUAUUUACUAAAAAUUUUACUUUUAUAUCAAUUGACACUAUACCGAAAAUGAUGCGAUCUGUUUUCUAUUCUAAGCUACAUAUGUUAUCGGGAUUAGUAUAUUUAAAUUUAGGUUCUCUUUCUGGUGGCUGGAAGACUGCAGACAUGGAAGAAUCAGUUAUUAAUGCCCUUAAGCAAUUGCAUUGUCUCAAAUAUUUAUUUAUAAAUUAUGACUGCACUGAUAAUAUUUUAAAAUGUAUAGUAGAGAACUGCACGAAAUUGAAGAAAUUAGAUGUGUCUUGUUCUAAAUGUAUCACGAAUGAAAGUAUCAACGUUAUAACAAAGUUAAAAUCUUUAAAAAGUAUCCAGCUAUAUCACACAUUUGUUACUUGGGAAGGAUAUGUUAACUUAUUGGUUAACUGUCCUAAUUUGGAAGAUAUCGGCCGAUGUGAUGAAAUAGGUAAAGUAUUGGAAUUUAUUCACAUAAACUGUCCCGAGAGUUGUCCACUGAAUCUAAAGGUUUAUGUAAGUAGAUAUGCUACGAAUUAUCACUUACAGUUAGCAGUACAAAUGUGUCCUUCUAUUAGUAUAAUGACUGUGUUUCAUAAUACACUACAAAGUGAUCUGAUGGUUUUAAUAGGUUUGAAAGAUUUGUGUGACCUGAAACUUUUAUCGUGUGAUUUUUAUGCUGAUCAAAUAAAACAAGUACUUCAAGUUAAGGGAUGUAACAUAAUAAAAUUACAUCUCGAACAUGUUGAUCAAAUAGAUUUGAAUGCUUUAAUGUACAUAAGUCAAAUGUGUCCAUUACUUGAGAGUUUGACCUUCUACAACUGUACAUUGAUUCAACAUACAUCUUUGUAUACAAAAAAGUUAGAAAUUCUACCAUUUAGGAAUUUAAAAAAAUUAACAUGUGUAUCAAGUUUUACAGACGAGCAAUUGAUGUUUUUACUGUCAAAUUGUGUCAAUGUAGAGUUUAUUCAAAUAGGAACAGCAACACAACUUACCGAUGAAUUUGUGUCAAAGGUUUUGGAUAACAAUCCUCUCAUUUAUUUGAAAGAAUUAAGAAUUAUGCAGUCAGAUUUUUUAACGAUGGUAUCUAUAAAAAGAAUAAUAGAAAGCUGUAUGAAUUUAGAAGUAUUAGUUGAAUUAGAAAGUUGGUCCCUACUAACAGACAGUGAUCGAGAUUAUAUACGUAACUAUAUUAAAAUAAAUAAUUAUAACGUAGAUAUUUCCCCCAUUCGACGUUAUGAAGUAUGAGCAAUAUGUAUCGCGUUCAGCACGUUUUGAUAAUUUAUAUACAUAGGUGCUAAUAAGUCAACAAAUUCAGUCU